CGCCGUCAUUACGAGUUCGGACUCGCAGCAAACAGCGCGCGUGGAUAAUCGACAGUUCUUGUCCGACCGUUUUGGUAGGUGUUACGUUUAUGAAUCUCAAUUUGGCUUGACGCGAUUACAAUUCUCGUUUUUCUCUCAUUUGCUUCAUGGUGUUGCAUUUAUCGCUAUCGAAUCAAAUGGACCUCGCGACCGAAUGAUCGUGGUUGUGAAAUUAUGCGCAGUGUGUUCACGUAAUUGAAUGGAUUUUAUUCAACGCGAAAGAAAACAAAAUAAAUAGUGACUUCGAAUGGUAGCAACGAAUAAUCCUCUACGUUAAAACUGCGUAAGUACGUCGAUCGUACACUACGAGGCUCUGCAGAAUGAUCGAAUCCUCGUUUGGACGUUGGAUCAUCCUAUGGAUGGUCGUUGCUACAUGCUACGCUUCUGAAAUACAAUGUCCAACUCAAAGCUGCAAAUGUCAUCCCAGUCACUACGGAGACUAUGAGAUAUACUGUCCUACAGAUGAGGAUUCGGCCUUCGUCGUGAAUGUUCAACCGCACGAGUAUAUUCAGACGCAAUGUCGCAACUCGCCAGAAUGGUCCGAUUUCCAUUUGUCCAACUUAUUACUCCCAAGCGAUGUGGAGUCCAUGUAUUUCCGGAUGUGUGGUUUACCAACGAACAUGAGUUUAGGAGAAAUCGCGUACAAACUCGGAGCACAAAACGUGGAGAAGCUUAUAUUCCAAUCGUUUGGCAAUCUGAAUAUCACUCUGAGCAAACGCCAUCUACAGGGUUUUCCAAAAUUGCAACGCCUAAUCCUGUCGAGCAACGGCUUGACCAAUCUCAGCAGCGACCUCUUCGCAGAUCUACCCCAUUUAGUCUGGCUUGAUUUGCGCGAGAACAAUGUACAGUUACCUCCUGGGAUCUUCGACAGUACCCCCGAUUUAGAGGUGCUCGAACUCGGUAACAACAAUAUGGUGGACAUCGACCCGAUCAUAUUUGAUCCACUGAAAAAGCUACGAUUUUUAAACUUAUGGAGAAACAAGUUCACACAGCUCAGGCAAGACACAUUCGACAAACUCGUGUCGUUGAAUUCCUUGGAUCUAAAUUCGAACGAUUUAACCACUCUGCCUAAAGAUAUUUUUGCGAAAUUGGUAAAACUGGAGGCAUUGAAUUUGUUUUGGAACAACUUUUCGUCAUUGCCAGAGGAUUUGCUGCGAUAUAACGUGAAAUUGAGAAGCGUGAAUUUGUAUGGUAACAGAAGAAACAUGACGAAGUUACCGAAUAGAUUGUUUGCAAAUUUGACAGAGCUCAAAGCAGUGGAAUUAAGAAGUAAUGGUUUGAAAGAAGUACCGGUCGAUCUAUUCUAUGGUUCCAUAUCGCUAAGAAACAUUAGUCUGGAAAGGAACUAUAUCGAAUCGCUCCAUAAGGAUCUCUUCAAAGGUUUGACUAACUUGUCGAUAUUGAAACUUAAUUACAACGAACUGACAUCGUUGCCUGAUGGAAUUUUCUCAUAUCUAAAAAAUCUGGUUCAACUGAAUUUGUCUAAAAACCACCUUACUUCGAUAUCUAGGCAUCUUUUCAGUAGUUUAAGAUCGCUAGAAGUUUUAAACAUGGAAGAAAAUCAAUUAACAAUAAUAGAAGAUACAAGUUUUAAUUUCUUAACUAAACUAAAGGUUGCGAUUUUCUCUCACAAUCAGCUUACGUUUAAUACUUCGUUAGCCUUCUAUCAGGACGAAUACGGAAGAAAAUCACCUUUCCACGAUUGUACCGAUUUAGAAGAAUUAUAUCUAGCCAACAACAAUAUUUCGGAGAUAUUUAGUGAUUGGAUCAUAAGCAGCGUAAAGCUGCAAAUAUUAGAUCUCAAAUAUAAUCAAAUAUCACAAAUAACGACCGAAGACCUACAAUUUGUAUCCAACAAAAUUACAGUGGAUCUCACACACAAUAAAAUAAAGCACAUUUACCUGGCAACAGUUGAAGAAAUAGCGAAAUUUCAAAAAUUUCCUCGCGAUGUAAUAAUAAAGGUUGAACAUAAUCCUAUAGAAUGCGACUGUAAUUUAUACGACUUUCUUCGUUACUUGGAUGGAAACAUGCACCCCUAUGUUCAAAACUAUUUUCAUAUAAGACCGGAUGGACUAAAGUGUCAAAGCCCAGAAUGGCUUGCACAUAUACCAAUAAUGAACUUAAAAUCGAACAAAUUAAAAUGUCAAGUAGUGAAUCCUUGUCCCAAAGAAUGCACGUGUUGGAUAAAACGUUACGAUAAAUCAUUUUUGAUUGAUUGUUCAUAUAAGAAUUUGACAAGCGUGCCACAAAAUAUCGAAACGUUACCGGAGUAUCGACUUGAGUUAAAUCUCACAGGCAAUGAAUUGACUAGAAUGUCGCCUUUGGUCGAUAUCGGUUUGAAUAAUGCACAGAUAUCUAAAUUGUCGUUAUCAGACAAUAAUAUCUAUGACAUAUCUACAGAUCAAUUGCCACUGAAUAUAGAGGUUUUGGAACUGCACAACAAUAAUAUCAGUAAAUUAAAUCCAGAUGUCUUGAAAUUCAUGAAUAAUACCUCUUUAAAUACUUUGACACUACAUGGGAAUCCAUGGUUAUGCGAUUGCAACGCAAGAGAUUUUCUCAACUUCAUUCAAACGAAAGUUGUAGAAAUCCCUAAUUCUUUGCAAAUUACCUGCAAAGGUAUGGACAUUCCGAUGUUAAAAAUGAUAGCAACAGAUCUCUGUCCCACAAAUACUAUAAUAAUUGUAGCAAUUAGCAUGACUAUAGCUAUUACUGGCUUGAUAAUCGGGUUACUGGCAGCAUUGUAUUAUCGAUACCAACGAGAAAUCAAAGUUUGGUUGUAUGCGCACCAACUUUGCUUAUGGUUAGUAACCGAGGAUGAACUAGACAAAGACAAGUUAUACGAUGCAUUCAUAAGUUAUUCGCACAAAGAUGAAGACUUUAUCGUAAACGAAUUAGUACCAAAGUUGGAAAAUGGUCCUAGACCGUUUAAGCUGUGUCUGCAUUUUCGUGAUUGGCUAGCUGGAGAAUGGAUACCAACACAGAUCGCACGUUCUGUUGAAGAUUCCAGACGAACGAUAGUGGUUUUGUCACCUAACUUUUUAGAGAGUGUUUGGGGACGGAUGGAAUUUAGAGCAGCACAUAGUCAAGCGCUCAGCGAAGGUAGAGCAAGAGUUAUUCUAAUUUUGUAUGGUGAGAUCGGCCCUACUGAUGAUUUGGAUCCAGAACUUAAAGCUUACCUAAGCAUGAAUACAUACGUAAAGUGGGGUGAUCCUUGGUUCUGGGAUAAAUUGCGAUACGCAUUACCACAUCCUCCAGAACUGACAAAAAAUACUAUAAAAAGAAAAAUCUUUGAAAAACAUCAACCGUGUAUACAAAUUAACGGCGAAAAAAAGGAAUUAAUUUAUCCAACUAGUAUUCCCGAAACGCCCCCUGCCACAAGCACGCCACCCGCAAAUACUCUCAGAGUAUUUAUAUGCGACGAAAAGAAUGAAGACAGAAAGGAGUCUCAUGAAAAUUUGUCUCCGACAGAUAGCAGCACCAAACUUAUUCUCUCAUCCGAACAAUUGAUAAAGCAUAAUUUGAUGAAUAAAAUACAAUGUACCACUGUAUGAUGAAAUGUCAUCGUAUACGUCUGAAAGCAGAGAAAUAGUUUUCAAGACAGAGCUUCUUCUUAAACCAGAGCCAUAAAUUAUUCACUUUGUGCCUUAUGUGCCUAUUAUAAAGAAAAUUUUUCGAUGAUUUUAUUGGAAUGGAAAUUAAUAUAUUUACUGUCACGGAACAUAUGGAAAACCGAUCGAUAAAGCUCAAGCAGCUAAAUUAGUCUAUGCUCACUUUUACCUGUAUAAAAUGUAUUAAAUAGGCAAACCGAAUAUAUUAUAUAAUAUAUCACGCACGUGUGAUUAUAUUUAUGACUAAAAUGUUCAAACUAUACUUCGUUUAUUUGUAUGGCAAAAAAAUGAAAAAUCGUCACACAUGCGUGACACCGGACUUUUAUGUGUUACGCAUGGUGUAAGUGAACUUAGUAAUUCUUGAUAAAAAAAAUCAU